AUGAUUCGUACGGCUGGUAAGCCCCACAAGUGUCCAGAGUGCCGAGGAAAAUUCAAGGACCUUAGCACUUUGACGUGGCAUAUGUUUGUACAUUCUGAUGAUAAUCCAAACAAGUGUCCCAAGUGUGAGAAAAAAUUCAAGAACAGUAGAGGUUUGAGAAUGCACUUGGAAGAUAAGUGUGAUGAUUGGCCCUACUCGUGUCCUCAGUGUUCGAAAAAGUUCAAUGCCUCUGCAACUUUGAGACAUCACCUCAAAGAUCAUUCAGAUGAUAAGUCUCACGAGUGUUUUGAGUGUGCGAGAAAAUUCAAGAACCUUAGCACUUUGAGAAAACAUUUGUUAGUACAUUCUGAUGAUAAGUAUCUCAAGUGUUCUGAGUGUGUGAGAAAAUUCAAGAACCUUAGCACUUUGAGAAAACACUUGUUAGUACAUUCUGAUGAUAGGCCUCACGAGUGUCCUGAGUGCGCGAGAAAAUAUAAGGACCCUGGAAAUUUGAGAAGACACCUGCUAGUACAUUCUGAUGAUAGGCCUCACGAGUGUCCUGAAUGUGCGAAAAAAUUCAUGAUCUCUGACAGGUUGAAACAACAUCUGUUAGUACAUGCAGUACAUAAUAAGCCUCACGAGUGUCCUGAGUGUGCUAGAAAAUUCAAACACCGUCGCAAUAUGCAACAACAUUUGUUACAACAUUUGCGGGAUAAGCCUAAUAAGUGUCCUGAUUGUGGCAAAAGUUACAGAAAUAUGAAGAAUGUAAGAGUGCAUACAGGUGAUACAUCUCGCAAGUGUGAAGAGUGUGAGAAAACAUUUAGUCAACUUACAAACAUGAAGAGGCAUGUGUUGGUGCGCUCUGAUGAUAAAGUUAAUCGUUGCCCAAGCAAGCAAAAAGAAGCAGAAUGCGAAGAGGCAUCAAUUCCACCACAUACGUUAGUGAACUUUGAUAAUGUACCUGAUGGGCUCGCGAGUGAUCAACAAGAUGCAACAUCAAUUCCACAACAAAUGUUAGUGAAGAUUGAGCAUGAUCCUGAUGAGUUUUGGAGUGAACAAGAAGCAGAGUAUGAUGCAGCAUCAAUUCCACAACAUAUGCUAGUGAAGAUUGAGCAUGAUCCUGAUGAGUUUUCUAUGGAACAAGAAGAAGCAGAAUGUGAUGCAGCAUCAAUUCCACAACAAAUGCUAGUGAAGAUUGAGCAUGAUCCUGUUGAGUUUUCUAUGGAACAACAGGAAGCAGGAUCAAUUCCACAACAUAUAUUGGUGAAGUUUGAUAAUGAGCCUGAUGAGUUUUCUAUAGAACGACAAGAAGUAGAACGUGUGAUAGAGUGGAUGUUCGGUGAAUGA